AUGAGAAACGCUUUGGCCAUUUUGGCAACCUUGGUGAUCCCUACUCUGGGCAAUCUGAAUCUUCAUCAGAGAGACAGACCUGCAGUGGUCAGUCUUGAUAUCAAGCGAAAUGACGUGGCAGUAUCCAGCUCUGUGGCUCAGGAUCGCGCGAGGAGAAAGCGAGACAAGACAACCAGCGUUGCCCUAGAUACUGACGGUAGUCUCUACUACUGCAAUAUCACACUGGGAACCCCUGGGCAGCCCCUACGCCUGGCCAUCGAUACCUCGAGCGCAGAUACAUCCUACGGCACUUACAAAGCAAAUGAAUCUUCAACAUACUCCUUUAUGUCAAGGGGUUUUUUGACUAUUGGGUAUCUUCAAGCGGGUGAUGCCGAGGGCGACUACGCUGCAGACACCCUGUCUAUCGGAGGAGCAAGUCUGGAAAACUUUCAAUUCGGUAUUAACGAAGAUGGACUUGUCUACAAUACCGCCGGUAGACUUGGACUUUCAUAUACAUACACAGAGGGCCAAACUUCAGAGCCAAACGGGAUAAUCUAUCCUAAUUUACCUCUGGUAAUGGUUAACAGUGGCCUGAUCCAGUCUGCUGCUUUUAGCAUUUGGCUAAACGACCUUGAUACAAAUGAAGGCUCAAUCCUAUUUGGCGGUGUCGACACGGAUAAAUACCAUGGCACGCUGCAGACAAUACCAAAUUUGCAGAUCAACAAUGAUGGAGUAACUCUCCCUAUUGGAGUUGUGCUCGACACUGCCAGCUCUAUGACCUAUCUCCCAAAUGAGAUGAUCUUCGACAUCUACAACGAGCUAGGAGUCGCGUGGAACCACACACAGGAAAUUGGGUUCCUGCCAUGUACCAUGGCUGAGAAACACAUGAAUAUCUCCUUCACUUUCACUUCCCCAACUAUCAACGUGGGGAUCAAGGAAUUCGUGCUUGACAAGGGAGAUUACAACAGUAGCAAGUAUGGGUGUAUCUUCGGGAUUCUGCCAUCAAACAUCACUGCCGAGAACAUUCUAGGAGAUACAUUCCUGCGUAGCGCUUACGUGGUUUAUGACAUUGCGAAUGGCGAAGUUUCUCUUGCGAACACCAAUUUCAAUUCGACGACGAGCAAUAUCCUCGAGAUCGGCAUAGGCAGGAAUGCUGUGCCAGGGGCUACAGCUGUCUCCGAUACGGUUACUGUGUGGCCUACUACCACAUCUACUAGCCGCACCCAUACUGCUAACGUGGCUACGACGACUAGCAACCCAGCUAUUGCUAGAGCGACCAGUAUAUCUCAGCAUAUGGCCUUGGGCUUAGCGGGCGCAGCCUUGCUAGCGCUGUGA